ACUCUCUGCUGUCCGCGCCCCCGGCCCCGCCUACUCCCUCUCAUACCUCGGGAUCUCUGUCGCCGGCGUCGCCAAGGGUUGCGCCACGACCCGCGGGCGGGGGAGCUAGCGACGGGAACCGCGCUGGAAGCUGGGAGCGGAGGCUGAGUCCGGGAUGGCGAACCAGGUGCCCAUCGCCUUCCAGGACCUGGCCGUGCGGUUCUCCGAGGAGGAGUGGCAGCUGCUGGGGGAGGGGCAGCGGGCGCUCUACCGGGACGUGAUGCAGGAGAACUACGAGGCGCUGGUCUCCUUGGGGACAGCUGAGCUGGUCCCCCUCUCUGCCUUCCUGUCUCCCGCGGAGCCUGGCGGAGCCAGGAGCAGCAGCAAAGCGGGUGAGGGACAGGCGCCUCCGGGGGGAGGUGCCCUAGGAGGAGCGCCCCAGCACAGCCUGCACCUCUCCGCGCUGGUGCAGCUGGUAAAGGAGAUCCCGGGCUUCCUGUUCGGGGAAGGCGGCCCUGAGAGCGGGGGAGCCAGCCUGGACGGGGAGCGGCCAAGCCCCGAGGCUUCCACUGUCCUCUCCCUGCUCCCGGCAGCAGCGGUCACGGUGGAGACCUGUCCUCUGCAAGGCCUGCUCAGCUGCCUUCCAGACCCGCCUGUCGGCCGGCCCAGUCUGGCCAGCACGCCCAGCAGUAGCUCAUCGUCCAGCGGGUCGCCCGGAGCCAGGGGGCAGGGAAGUCCCCUCCCCAUCAAAACUGCAGACACGCCGGGGCCUGCAGAGCAGGAGAGCCCCGGAGCCCCGGGCAGGGAGCACAGCCCUCCCACCAGCAGCCCUGGCCGAAGGAAGAGCCACAGGAAACAGCAGAGGGGGACGUCGUUGGGGACAGGUCCCGAGGGAGCCUCUCCUGGGAACACCCCCUUGCAAGGCCUCAUCAACUGCCUGAAGGACAUCCUUGUGCCCGGGCCCCAGAAGCCCGAGGCGGCCCCACGCUUGCCUCCCGGCCCCGGCCCGGGCCCGGGCCUGGCCCAGCUAACCGGGAUGGGGCCGGGGCCCAGAAGCCCACCAGGCAGAGUGAAGACGGAGGCAGCGUCCGGGGGCUGUCCCCUCCAGGGUCUGCUGAACUGCCUGAAGGAGAUCCCGGUGGCCCAGGACACACGCCCCAGCCCUUCCGGCGGGGGGGACCCACGGCCGCCAGAGGAUGCAGGGGCCUGGAAGAGGACUUCUGGAGGACCCAGACCCCUGCAGACCCCUCCUCCCUGCCCUGGUGCUGUCCGUGUGCUCUCUGUGAAGACGGAGGACAGCUGGGCCCAGAGCCCCCCCGCGCCUGCUUCCUGUCAGCUUCGAAAGCCGCCCCACAGCCCCUGUGCCGCUGGCAGCCAGGGGGGCGACGGAGACGCCAGCGGGGUCCGAGUGCCCAGCUGGGGCCCCGCGGCUCAAGCCAGCAGUGCCUCGAGCUCGCCCCUGGACGCCCUGGAGGCCUGCCUGAAGGACAUUCCCCUGAGUGGGUCGUUGCCUCCCCAGCCGCCGGCCUCCUCUUGGUUCCGGAGCCCCACGCUGGGAGACACCGGGUCUCCUAGGCCCGAGCUGCAGCCCCGAGGAGCGCACAGUCAAGAAGCGACGGCCGGGCCCCUUCUGGCGCUGGGCCUGCAGGGCUUCGUCAGGGAGGGCCCCGUGCUCCCCGCAGGGCCCCGCAGCACCCCCACCAGCUGCUCCUCGUCCAGCAGCACCGACGGGGACCUCGAUUUCCAGAGCCCCGACGGCAGCAGCCGGGGGCGCAGGCCCGGAAAAGGGGUCCCAGUCGGAAGUGCCCCCCUGCAGGGCCUGGAGAAUUGUCUCCGAGAGAUCCCUGUGCCCAGGCCACAGCCUGCCUGGCCCUGGUCCUCAGCAGGGGACAGAGAACCCCGGAGAGUGGAGCCCAGGGGCUGGACGGCAGACAAGGAAGGACUGCGGAAUGAGGCCUGCGAGCCAGUCCACCUCCGGGGCGACGCACCCCCCAGGAGCCCGUGGCCGGCCAGCCCCCAGGCACUGUCCUCCAGCAGCGUCCCUGCCUGCUGCCAGCGAGGGCUCAGGGACCAGGCGGCCACCCGGCCAGGACCGUGGAGGUGGCUCCAAGACGGGGCAGCCUCCACGCCCUCCCCACUCCACUGCCUGGAGAACUCUCUGAAGGGGAUCCUGCCCGGGCGGCCCCUGCGCUUCGCCUGCCUGGCCGGCCCCGGCCCCGUCCCCAUCCCCAGCCCCAGCACCGGCUCCAGCUCCAGCUUCAGCAGCUCGGAAGGAGAGGACCCAAGGCCGGAGCCUGAGCUCUGGCAGCCGCUCCUGCCGGAGAGGGACCCUCUGCCCAGGAGCAAGAGCCCGGGUGGCCGCCUGACGGGCAGCAGCCCUGGCGAAGGCCCGAGGACUGCAGAGCCCCGGGAGCGCUUUGCUGUUGACCCGGCAGGAAAAGCAGAGGAGCAGGUGGGAGGUGGGGCCAAGCUGCCCAGGAGAGAAGUGUGCUUGGAGACCCCAGGCUGGCCUGACCCCCUGGGCAGCACUCGAGGGGGGGCUGCUGGGAGCCUCUGUCCUGCCCCUCGGCCGGAGAAAAGGCCCUGCCCGCCUCCGGGGUCAGCCCCUCAGCCCCCGUCCCGGAAGCCCAGGGUCAGCGAAGAAUCCGGAGGCCCAGGGCCUGGACACAGAGGACCCGGUGCUGCAGCCCGGACGGAAGAGAGGCUGCUUCCUAGGGGCCUGCCUGAGCCGCCCCCGGUGGCCACCAUUUCCCCCGCUUUGCCACCCGCCUCCCCUCGGCCACCGUGUCCCUGUGGGAGUUCCCUGCGGCAGGAGCUCCGCGGCCUCAGUGCCGCCCUCUCGGAGAAGCUGGAUCGGCUUGCCGCGGCUCUGGCAGGCCUGUCUCAGGAAGUGGCCACGGUGAGGACCCAGGUGGAUCGGCUGAGGAGGCGGCCGCGGGGCCCAGGGCCGAAGAGCCAGGCUUCCUGGCCAUGGGCCCUGCCCCGGGGACCUCACUGGGCUCAGGGCCCUGCUCACAGGCACCUGCUGUGCCGGCGGCAGAAGGGCCCCACCAGGCCAAAACCGAAGCUCCUGCGCGGCCAGGCGGAAGGCUGCAGAGCUGGCGACGCCUCGGGCCUCUCCUGGGGGACACAGCAUCUGGUGCCUCAGCCACCUCCAGACGCCCCCCAGGCAGAACCUUCCGGAACCAGCUCCAGCCCUUCCCAGCAUCCGCCAUCCUCAGCGUGCAGCCGCGCUGGGCUCACUGUGCACCCCCCACUCAGACACACAGGGGGCCCCCAGAACCCCCCUGCCCCUUCUGUGCCUGCUGCCUUCCCUCCCCGGAUGGCCUCUCCCGCUUCCAGUGCGGAUGCAGAGCCGCCGGCUGCAGCGGCCGUGCCAGCGGACACUCAGAACUGGCCCAAGGACCCCAGCGGCCUGUUAGCAGGGGUCCAGAGGGCCCUCAAGGAGGAACGGUGGGGCGGAGAGCAUAGGGACUCGAGGUGGAUGGCCCCCAACCGUCUUCUUCAUCAGCUCAGCCCUGAGGGCGCCCUGUCCCCGGCCGCCUCUCCUAGGGGCCAGCCAGCGCCCACCUGCCGCUCCGGCCAAGCCUUCCCCGUUUCAGGGCUGUGAACAGCUGGGCGUCCCCCUUGGCCUGACCGCCCGAGACUCCAAGAUGUGCUUGCUCAGCGGGGCCGCCGCUUGAGGUGCAUUGCUCAGCCUCGCCUCUGCCCCGCUUGGCUCGGGUCCAUUCAGACGUUGCUUCUGUCCCGUCUGUGCCGCCGGGACUCAGAGGCGGGUAGCAGCAUUCUCACCUAUGCACAGCAUGCGUGCCUGGGGGGCGCCAUGAGGGCCCCUCUUCCCUAACACCCAGCCUCCCUGCUCUCAGCGCUGGAAGGCAGGGCUCUCGCCCUCCUGGUGGACGCAGGCAGAGAUUUCACCUGUGGAGCGCGCCACUCCCUGGGCUAGGUUGGAUUCGCCCGUGCGGAUCCUAAAGAUUGCAAAGGUGGUUGCUAAGCGGAGGGCCCUUGGCAGAAAGGGGCUCGGCGGGUCCAUACCCUGGGGCGUGGCCAGUCGGUCACCGGUCCUGGGAUAAGCUGGCGCGGCAGGCAAGGACACUUGGGGCCAGGCCAGUCCGGGUGGUCCACACCCAAUCAGCUUACGGGAAGUUUCCAUUUUUUGUUCUUUUUUUAAGAAUGUUAAGUUAUAAAAUGAAUGGUACGAUGCUUCAUGAUCCGCAGCCACACUCACCCCACAGGUCUGGGGCCACUCGAACCAAAACCAUUCACGGUUGUCUGCCGAAAGCCUUCCAGAGUCACUGGGGGCAAAACCUCUGCAGUUGAGGGCUUUGGGGGUGCGUCCCACACUUGCACCCGCUGUAGGGGGAAAUGGCCCUUUGGUGGGAGAAACUGAGCGGCCUUUCUGAACUCAGGAAUCCCGGGGGUUGGAGGGGGAGGGCAGAGAAGGCUCCACCUGUGCCCGCCACCAUCCUGGCAGGUGCCCCGAGGACGGCCCCUGGCUGGCCUGGGCAUGGGCCUUCCCUCUGCACUCCAUCGGCCACCCGCCAGCCUGAGGCCACUGCAGGCAGGAAAGGGACGGUCCUAAUUCCAUCGGUCAGGACCAGCACGGUCCCAUGGGCUCCAGGCCACUCCUGAGGGGUCCAGUGGAAGGGAGCCCACCAGGGGGGCAGCGUCUGCGACACCCCGUGAGGUCACAGCUGCCUCCGGAAGGAGUUGGCUCACGGACUUGACUCAGCUCUCUGCGUCGGUGUUCCAGGUGUGGCUUCCACCAGCAGCCUGUGGUAGGAUUUGAUUCUUUCAUCCAGCUUGACGAGACUUUGUCUUCCUUCCUCGGGGCCCUGGACCCACUUACAUGUAAUAAAAUCACUGACACGUUUGCAUUUGAA